AGACAGGCCUUCUUACGCAUCUGACUUAGUGUAUGUUAGUAACAUCACGUAGAGACCGUAGUGCGAUCCUCGCGGAAGAGUGCGGACAAUGCCAGGUGUUCUGUUAGGAGACGUGUUCCCCAACUUCGAAGCCGAAACAACAAUCGGCAAGAUAAAAUUCCAUGACUUCUUAGGAGAAUCAUGGGGAAUCCUGUUCUCCCACCCCAGGGACUUCACUCCUGUGUGCACAACCGAGCUGGCUUGUGCUGCCAGGAUCAGCGACCAGUUCAAGAAACGUAACGUCAAGAUGAUCGCUCUGUCCAUCGACAGUGUGGCUGACCAUCUUGCCUGGAGCAAGGAUAUCGUGGCAUUUAACAGUGAGGGUGAUGUCUCUCCCCUGCCUUUCCCCAUCAUUGCUGAUGACAAACGAAAACUUGCGGUCCAACUGGGCAUGCUGGACCCAGACGAGAUAGACAAAGAUGGCUUGCCCCUUACUGCACGCUGUGUGUUUGUGAUUGGUCCAGAUAAGAAGAUGAAGCUGUCAAUCUUGUACCCAGCCACCACUGGAAGGAACUUUGACGAGAUUCUCCGUGCUAUUGACUCGCUGCAGCUCACUGCAUUAAAGAAGGUGGCCACACCUGUCGACUGGAAGCCUGGUCAGAAGUGUAUGGUAAUUCCUUCGCUCUCUGAUGCUGAGGCCGCUGAACUCUUCCCCAAUGGGGUCACCACCAAAGAGCUGCCUUCUGGGAAAAGAUACCUCCGCUACACACAGCUGUGAGCCUGGCUGAGGUACCACGUUUAUUCCUCCCAACAAGACCAGAUGGACCCACCGCUGGCGUACCUUUUUACUAGUCCUGUCAUUAGGGGACUUACCAUUGUAUAACUAGUCAUUGCUCUUGUAUGUUUAAAUGCCCUCAAGUCUCCCUAAUUGCAUCUCUCCUAAGUGUCCAUUGUUACAGUACUGUCUUUGGUAUGAUUAUACCCUUGUAUAGUGCCUUACUAUCCCAAUAAACACACUCGUAGCGACUGCCA